UGUUCGCGCGAUGGGUGGUCCCCGUUUGCAUCUUCGUUUGUAAGCUUUCAUAUAAAAGUGAAUGCUGUCACGGGUUCAAUCCACAGUUCCGUUCGUUCAUCUGUUCAAGCACUCACACAGGAAACAACGGUUAAACGCCUACCGCGUCUGCUCAGCUUCAAUUUUAUUCAGGCCAUAAGAAAACAAUGAACACAACCAUCUCCCCAGCCCUUCUCGCCCUACUGGUGACCAUACUAUACAUGGUCCAUGUGAUAGACGGUGGUCCCGUGGACAGGGAGCCACGUGCCUACAAACAGUACUCCAACGAACCCCCGGCGAAGCGACCGUUUUGCAACGCCUUCACCGGUUGCGGCAAGAAGCGAUCCGUCGUGUCGGUAACGCCGGUAUCGAUGAUGCACCGCCACGCCAUCACAUCGGAACAGAACCGUCCCAAGGUUACGGAAGGAUACGACCCGAACGAGGACUCGCUGGCGAAUCUGCUCGAUCUGAACACGGAACCGGCCGUCGAGGAUCUGAUGAGACAGAUCAUGUCCGAGGCGAAGCUGUGGGAAGCCAUCCAGGAAGCGAACCGGGAAAUUUAUCUGCAAAAGCAGGGUCAGAAAUCGGCCGGAGACUCGUUUCCGGUUUCGUUCAGCACGCAGUGAAUCAUAAUAAUGGCACCACCGAUUUGUUACAAUUGUUUAAGUUUCUUCUACGCUACUGUUUACUAAAAUAUCUCUCUACGGACUAUACAAUACAUUUGCAUAAAGACUUCAGAUAAAAGGGAAAACGAUUGCUGUCCAGAAAUAAUCUCUUGCUCCAGUGAAUUUUCAAGUCAACACAAAUGAAUAUUUUGGUUACGUUUAAAAUAAGUAUUAACAUUGUAAAUACUUGAAGGCGGUCAGGCUUUCCACAUUUAUAUCACGAUUGUUAAAAUAAAGAAAAAUAUU